UCAGAAGUAAUUUAUGGUUGACAUCACAAUUGAGAACAAAUGGCGCUGAGGCUUCGUACUCUGGUCGGUCCAAGCCAUUUGAGGAAACCUAGGUCGAAAUUGAGGAUCAGAAGUUGUGCUGUUAAUGUUAGAAUGGCUUUCACUGCAAUUUCCAAAGUCAUUGAUUCUCAUCUCCACGUGUGGGCUUCACCUCAAGAGGCUGGAAAUUUCCCUUAUUCUCCUGGACAAGAACCUACUUUACCUGGAAAUGCCGAUUUUUUGCUCCAGUGUAUGGAGGAGGCAGGAGUAGAUGGUGCACUCAUUGUGCAGCCAAUUAAUCACAAAUUUGAUCAUAGUUAUGUCACAAGUGUUUUGAAGAAAUACCCAUCCAAAUUUGUUGGUUGUUGCCUUGCUAAUCCAGCUGAUGAUGGAAAUGGGCUUAAGCAGUUUGAAGAUCUUGUUUUGAAGGAUGGUUAUCGUGCUGUUCGAUUCAACCCAUAUUUGUGGCCAUCCGGGGAAAAGAUGACAAAUAAAGUUGGGAAGGCAAUUUUCCAAAGGGCUGGAGAACUCAAUGUGCCAGUGGGCUUCAUGUGUAUGAAGGGGCUUGACAUGCAUAUUUCUGAAAUUGAGCAAUUAUGCACAGAAUUUCCAUCAACAGUUGUAGUGCUUGAUCACUUGAGCUUUUGCAAACCACCAUUAAAUGAUGAGGAAGGUCUUGUCUUUUCUCAACUUUUAAAUCUAUCUAGAUUCCCACAGGUACAUGUGAAAUUUAGUGCCCUUUUCAGAGUGUCAAGAGUGCAGUUUCCUUAUCUGGACCUGUCUCCUCUCUUAUCCCAAGUUGUCUCUCACUUUGGUGCUAAUCGUGUAAUGUGGGGCAGCGAUUUUCCAUUUGUUGUUGCUGAAUGUGGUUACAAAGGAGCCAAAGAUGCAGUGCAUCUUAUUGCCAAUGAGAUCUCUUUGCCUUCAUCAGAUUUAGAGUGGAUCAUGGGAAAAACAGCUAAACAACUCUUCCAAAACCAAUUGACUCCAGUCAAGAAUUGAAACCGGGGGUGCUCUUUGAGUUGUAUAAAAUGUUUUUAGCUGUUGAAUGCAAAUUACAAUUGUGACAGCAUUGAAGAUGUUUUUUAACUUUCUUACUGAGCUCUUCUGUUUUUGGUAACACAUACAUAAAAGAACAGUUUUUUGCCAUUGUGCAUAUGUAUAUAUAAGCACAAGUUUUUUUUAAAGAUAAAAUAAAAUCUCAGGGAAAAGAAAACAAUAAAUGAAUAAGAAUGUGGAGUAGAAUCAAAA